CCUCUGUGACGUUUACCAGGAAGCGAAUGUAAACACAACAAUCGAAAGAGAAACGCAAAUUAUUAUGCUAUUCUGAAAAGGAUUUCUCGGUGUAGGGUUCUAGAAACUCCUUCUAAAGAGUUUUUCGAAAUGUAUGGAUAGGUGAAAUAUAUGAUUGUCAGUUUAGGAAGUGAAACGCAGUAGGUGUCAAAGCUAAUAUUUCGAGAUACCGUCAUGUUUGCCAUUAAGGCACCUGAGGAGGAGUCCCCAGACCCAGUGGAGGAGAUGGACACAUCAGAGGCUGUCUGGUGCUGGUAUUACCUAGCAGAGUGUGGAGUGUGGCACAUGUUUGAGAUUGAUCCAAGUGCAGCGUGCUCUGUGACCAGUGAGCAGAUAGAACAGAAUUACAGCAGGAAUCAGCAUGGUGUCAUGGAGUUUUACACGGCUAAGUACACAUACAGACUAGACUUCUCAGUCAUGAAGCAGAUCAAUGUCACGACUGGGAAACAACGGCCAAUCAAGCGAGCCUUCCACUCUGCUACAGGCUUUAGGUUUAUCUGUGAUAAUCUGGCCUUGCCUGUGCCCUGCCAUUGGGAGAGAAUAAAUACAGACGAGCCCUAUCAGCUUGUGUCAUUGGGCAGAGACACCUAUGAGUUCAAGGAGGUAGUCAGACUCUACGAGAGGACCAUGGGUCAUCCAAUCAAAUCCAUCCAGAGGAUACAAAAUCUAGAUCUGUGGGAGUUCUUCUGCAGGAAAAAACAGCAGUUGCGCAAGGUGAAGCGAGUGAUGGACAUCGAGGAGAAAAUGUUAUUUCACGGCACAGGCCACAGCAACGUACAGGCUAUAUGCACAUACAACUUUGACUGGCGACUCACUGGGAGCCAUGGAGACGUCUAUGGCAAAGGUAGCUAUUUUGCCCGAGAUGCCAAGUAUUCCAGCAAAUUCUGCCUCACGACAGGAAAACAUAAUUUUGCCUUGCAGAAACAUGGACUAGCCCCGCCGAUCUUUUCAAGCGAGCCUCCAUAUAAGACUAUGUUCCUGGCCAGAGUGCUGGUUGGGGAGUACACGUUAGGUCACCCCCUGUUCUGCCGACCACCAUCCAAGGACAUGAGCUACACCAACUUUUUUGACAGCUGUGUGGACGAUCUCGCCAACCCAAAGAUCUUCGUUAUCUUUGACUCAAACCAGAUUUACCCGGAGUAUCUUAUUGAGUUCUACUGACGCUUAUGGGAAGAUUGGGAAUGUUGUCACACAAAGUUCACAGGAUGGACUUGUAAUUACCAGGAAGUGACUGCAAUUCAAGAACAUAAGGGGGAGGGUAGAGGGAGGAGUGCCCGUGAUGACUUUUUCCUGUUCCAUAAAAGACUUGACUGGGACUUUGGUCACAUGAAGUGCCUUAAUGGUUUAAUUUUAGAAAACAAAAAUGACUAUACAAAGGGUUUAUGUUUCUACAGACACUGUAGAGUUUGUACAAAGUUGUUUGUCUAUUUCCUGUAUAUAAAGAGUUGUGAGGUAGUGCAAGUAGUGGCAUAUUUGGUAAGAAAGAAAAUAUGCGCACUGUUGGCAUGUUCCCAAAAUGUGUUAGCAACGUUUCAACCUGCCACAGAGCAUCUUGGGCAGGAAAACCCUUGGUUGUUGAAACAUUGCUAAUACGAUUCAGGAGCAUUCUAAUAGUGUCGUGUGCUGGUAUUCUUUUUUCUUUCUUUGACCAUAAUCAAGCAAAGUAACUACACUGAAAUACAGUUGCCCUCAUACUAUGUAUGUGUGUAGACUGUAUAAACACGGAGUACUAGAAUGCAAUAGAAUACUACCACACUGAUCCUGCAGACAGGUGAACAGUAGCAAACGUUACAGGAACAUUUAACUUUCACUGGUCCUAUAUAUAAGGAUCUCAUUCCACAGAUAGAUGUAAUGUAGGAAAAGAGCAGGUCAAUUAAUUUCUAACAAAUAUACUGAGCAUUAAUAUAGAGAGCAUUGAAACUCAGUCAAAUAUGACGGCAAGCAAACACCACAAUUGUCCAGUCACACCAUGCCAUGCAUGUUAUACUUGUCUCGUCUUGGUUUAGUAUACUGUAGCAGAUACAUUUUCUGAAAACGACGACAUAGGCUAGUGUUGCUUACCUAAUAAGCAGGAUGGGUAUAGUUUGUGCGUGUCAAGUGAUUGCCUUAGUUGAGGCCAAGACUUCAGGCAAUAUGGCUUUUGAUGGCCGAUGCAUCUUAAAAUCUGCUUUGCGGUGCAACUUUGUUGGUACCACUAGCAGUGAGGUAAGCUACCUGUUUGUGUGUGUGUGUGUGUGUGUGUGUGUGUAGUUAAUGUAUGCAUGACAAGCACUUUCUUACCCCUUUGCAAUCUACCUCCUUCAUUCAGCACAUUGUACAUGGUUCAACAGUAAAAUGAACUGUUGAAUAAUAAUGUCUUGGCUGAAUUAAACUUAUCGUUCCUCUUCACAAGAGGGUGCCAACGUUAUGUCAUAAUGGGAUAAUGUGUUUUAAUGUUCAUUAAUUAAGGUUUGCCAGUCCUCCAUGUCCGCUUUGAUGUAAUCUUGAUAUAGACUUGAUUUAGACUUACUGUUGUAAUCCACUGUAAA